AUCCCUGGAUUUUCGAGAAGGCUGACAGGGCUCUGGGAAUUACUAUUGACCUCGUUAGUAGUGUGGCGGGGUAGUCGUUCCUAUAUUCUCCAUCAUUUCCACCUCCAUCUUUAUUCAUUCGAAUCAUGUAUGAGGAUGUGAGAAUAGGAAGCAAUCUACUGGAUGAAAUUAGUCGACAUGACGAAACCAUGGGAGACGUAUGAAGCCAUCAUCAAGGAACUUUAUAUGACGCAUACUCUCGCCACCGUUCGCCAAACCAUGCAGGAUGAAUACGGUUUCAACGCAUCCGUCCGAGCAUACCGGCAAAAGCUUGAUGCAUGGGGCUGUGGAAAGUACAAGAAGCGCGAGAAGACCCCGAGCAAUAGCUCGAACGGCAGGGGUGCGACGACGACGGCAACAGAUCCCACUUCUUCUGCCUCGGUGACAUCUCAGCAAGAGCAGGCGCCUUCAAACCAACACACUCCUCAAGCCCCAAGCAGUUCUACGACACCUGUCGGUGGUACGAGCUGGCCAUCAAACUAUGGGCAGGAUCCUGGCGUCGAGGACGACUGGGCACAAAAUUCCAUAACUAGCUCAAGGCAAGAUGGAUCUACGUUCUGCAUACAAAUCAUCUGAUUACUACUGACCGCUUGUUAGUCACACUCAA